CUGUGAAAACAACAAUCACCAGAUGGAGAGAAUGGAUGAACACCGAGUGAAGCAUGCAUCAUGUGGGGUGUAAAAGAGUAAAUACGAGCAAAUAAAUUACAGCAUUAUGAGUAAUCUAUCCAUGGAACUGGCAAGGCACACUAUAUAUUCAGCUUGCUCCGUGGUUGAACAGUAGUAAGCCUCAGAGACGCAGCGAGUGCUUGACUUCAUCACUGAGAAAGACAAGAUUCAAAACAAUGGAAGCUUUGAGCAUAGCAAACACUGGGUUUGCUCUUGACUUUUUCAAACAGGAGUGUAAGAUGCAAGCCAACAGAAACAUCUUGUUCUCCCCUUUGAGUAUUGCAUCUACUAUGGCCACGGUGUACCUGGGCACCAAAGGUAGCACGGCAGCUCAGAUGGCAGAGGUGCUUCACUUUAACGAAGUCCAAGGAGUUGGAAUGGCCACUACCACUACAAAACCACAAACCUAUUACAAGGUGGAAGAGCUUCUGACAAACCAGUGUAUCAGCCUCCAGAAGACUAAUCUUGAUAAAUCAAGUAAUAUCCAUGCAGCAUUUCAAGAACUUAACUUUGAAAUCAACAAACCCACUAAAAAUUACCUGCUUAGAAGUGUCAACCAGUUAUAUGGAGAAAAAUCAUCACCUUUCAAUACAGAAUAUUUACAGUCAGUCAAGAAAUAUUACAAUACAGAGCCACAAGCUGUAAAUUUUGUGGAAGCUGCAGAAGAAGUCAGAAGAGAAAUCAAUGCCCAAGUUGAAUGCCAGACUGAAGGCAAAAUUCAGAAUCUGCUGCCUGAGAAUUCUGUUGAUUCACUUGCCCGGCUGGUCCUGAUAAACGCACUUUACUUCAAAGGAAGCUGGGCAAAGAAAUUUAAGGAUGGUGUUACAAGAAAACAACCUUUCAGAAUAAACAAGACUACAACAAAGCCAGCGCAGAUGAUGUAUCAGAGAGGAAAAUUUAACUGGAAUUACAUACAGUCUUUGCAUACCCAUGUCCUUGAACUUCCAUACGUCAACUGUGAUCUCAGCAUGUUCAUUCUGCUACCAAAAGACAUCAGUGAUGACACUACUGGCCUGCAAAUGCUUGAAAGAGACUUGACUUAUGAGAAGUUAGCUGAAUGGACCAACCCCAAAAUGAUGGAAGAAACUGAAGUGGAAAUGUUUCUGCCCAGGUUCAAGAUGGAAGAGGGAUAUAAUCUCAAAUCCACUUUGAGCAGCAUGGGGAUGCCAAAUGCCUUCAGCAUGGGCAAAGCAGACUUCACAGGGAUGUCAGAGAGAAACGAGCUGGUUUUGUCACAAGUUUUUCACAAGUGCUUUGUAGAGAUCAAUGAAGAAGGCACUGAAGCAGCAACCGCCACUUCAGCUACUAUGAUGGCACGAAGCCUUAUGUCUACUGUUCAGUUUGUUGCAGAUCACCCUUUUCUCUUCUUCAUCAGGCAUAAUAAAACCAAAAGCAUCCUCUUCUUCGGGAGGUUCUGCUCUCCCUAGAAACCCAGAUACCUGUUAUUAAAACAGGAUCUUACAGCAAAGUAGCUUAAAUAAAUUAAUCUCAAGUUUCCAAAUA